UAGUUACAAUAUCAAUCAAUCCCCAUAAAACUUAUCAUUGAAUGUGAUACCAUUUGUUGUGUGCUAUUCCUGCCUUCCCCCCUCUACCUGAAGUUUGAAGCGAUCCGAAACGAAUUCGCCGGCAAGUGGAAAGCCCUCCUGGAAGCUGGCGGUGGCGGAGGCGGUGCCUGUGGAUUGAGCUUGAGCGAUCCGGAACAGCACGUGGCAGGCGACAGCGAUAACGACGGCGACAACGACAGUAUGACCAACUCACAGCUAUGGUUCCGCGGAGUGCGGCCCUCCAAGUUCCGGCACGUGUACGGUCUGCCCACGCGGAAGGAGUGCUGCUACACCGACAUCAGUGUGGUCCGCAGCGGCAACGAUGGCAACUUCUGCGCCAUCAAUCCCACAUUCCUGGCCAUCGUGGCCGACACAACGUUUGUGGUCAUCCCGAUCAACCAAACCGGACGAAUCGAUUUCCAGUGCUGUAAGGUGAUUGGACACACCGGUCAAAUCUUGGACCUGAAGUGGAAUCCUUUCGAUGACAAUAUGAUAGCGUCCGCUUCGGAUGAUUGCACAAUCAAACUAUGGAAAAUCCCGGAGGGUGGAUUAACGAGCAAUCUGAGCGAAUGUUCCACAGAACUCGUCGGCCAUAAGCGUAAGGUGCUGCACAUCGAAUGGCACCCAACGGCGGCCAAUGUGCUGAUUAGCGCUGGUUUCGAUCACUUGAUUUGCGUGUGGGAUGUGGGCAACUCCGACAAGACCCUGCUGAACGUGAUCCAUUGUCACGUUGACAUGAUCUACAGUUUGGCGAUCAAUCGUGACGGGUCGUUGAUAGCGACCACCUCCAAGGACAAGAAGCUGCGGGUGAUUGAACCGCGCAGUGGAAUCGUUGUUUCGGAGGGCAUCUGUCAUAUGGGAACGAAAUGUUCGAAAGCGGUUUUCCUGGACAACGAUCGCAUUUUGACAACUGGAUUUUCCCGCCAUUCAGACAGGCAGUAUGCCGUGUGGAAUCAGCAUGACCUGAAGAAACCUUUGGUGCAGGAAGUGAUCGAUAGCUCCAGUGGAGUGGUCACUCCAUACUUCGACUACGACACCAAAAUGAUCUACCUGGCGGGAAAGGGAGACGGCAACAUUCGGUACUACGAGUUGGUAGAUGAAGCACCAUAUGUGUACUAUUUGAACCAGUUUCUGUCUGGACAACCCCAGAAAGCGCUAGGAUUCAUGCCAAAGCGUGGCGUGAACGUCGCACAAUGCGAAGUGUUUCGGUUUUAUAAACUCCACGCAGCUGGAAAUAUAUGCGAACCCAUUUCGAUGAUAGUUCCGCGUAAGUCAACACUUUUCCAGAGCGAUCUCUAUCCGGAUACGCUGGCCGACAUACCGGCGAUUGGUGCCAAAGAGUGGUUCCAGGGACGGAACGUGCAACCCAUGCUGAGGUCAAUGAAGACUGGCGAAUCCAUUCUGGACGCAAAUGCCAAUCAGAAAACCCGCAACAGUGAAAGCAAAUAUGCCACCAUCCAUCACACCAGCAGCAAGCACAAUGUCCUCAACAACCACCACGGCAAUCACAACGGAAAUAGCAAUAACCAUAGCCAUAGCAAUGGCACCAAUGGCACGGCACUCAACGGCAGUAACUACACCAACGGUAACAGCGUAACAUCCCUUACCAACGGUGGCAAAAAUAACAAAGAGAACGAAAUCGAUAACCGGAAGUUCGACAACAACACGAAGAAGUUUGCUUUCCUGUCCCAGCCCACGAUACCGGACUACAGGCCCCAAGCGGUAACUAACAUUAUCGAAAAGAGUCAGAAGACCUCAACGAACCAGAGUACAAAGUUUCACCAGCUGCAGGCAAUCUUCGGGCAGCAUCAGACGGCCAACCACAAGGACAUUGCCAACCUGCAGAACAACCUGCUGAGCAACUCGAGGAACAGCUCGCGGAACAGUUCCCUGGAGAACAUCAACCUGUUGAACUCGGAGAAUGAGGUAGGAUAUUUGAACUAUAGGAGUAUGCUCUCAAAUGUUCUCGUAAUGUUUCUCUAAAUAUUAAUGGUUAGG